AUGAGUACCGUGGACAAGAUGCUCAUCAAGGGGAUCCGGAGCUUCGACCCGGAGAACAAGCACGUCAUCGCGUUCUUUAAACCUCUGACGCUCAUAGUCGGCCCCAAUGGCGCCGGCAAGACCGUAAGGACAGGCCCCUGGCAGCCCGCCUUUUCGCAGUUGUCACCGUGCUGUGUUAGGCUGGGGGCCUCGCCCUUCGAGCCUCUGUUUUCUCUGAUCGCGGGAGUCUGUUGGAUUGUUUACCGUGACGUUUUUUUUUCCCGCUUUGGUUAAGUCGCGUCUGAUCGUCAUCUGGUGCUGUUACGGCAGACCAUCAUCGAGUGUCUGAAGCUGUCCUGCACCGGGGAGCUGCCUCCGAACGCUAGGUCCGGGCAUAGUUUCAUCCAUGAUCCCAAGGUGUCCCCGAUCUUUCCUUCUUUUCUCUUUUUUCCGUUGCCGGAUUGGGUGAGUUAUCUGUUUCCGGCCUUGUGGUGAGUUCGAUGGUUGCCUGAAGGUGGCGGGAGAGACGGAGACUAAGGCACAGGUGAAGUUGCGGUUCAAGACAGCUGCGGGGAAGGACGUGGUGUGCAUAAGGUCCUUCCAGCUGACACAGAAGGCCUCCAAAAUGGAGUUCAAGGCCAUCGAGAGUGUUCUACAGACCAUCAAUCCGCAUACUGGCGAGGUCCAUCCCCAAAUAUCAAAACAGCAUGUUUAAUAUCUUCAUUUCCUUCUCUGGGACGUCUUCUGCUAUCAACUAAAACUUCUCUCCAUAGCAGAAGGUUUGUCUAAGCUACAGGUGUGCCGACAUGGAUAGGGAGAUUCCUGCUCUGAUGGGCGUGUCAAAGGCUGUCCUCGAGAAUGUCAUAUUUGUCCACCAGGAUGACUCCAACUGGCCCCUGCAGGACCCGUCAACAUUAAAAAAGAAGUUUGACGAUAUAUUUUCUGCUACACGGUAGUUCCGUGCCCUCAUAUUUUAUUCGUGGCAUAGUUUUUUCCGCGUCCUUAAGUAGAAGAAAUAUGGAAUUGGACUUCUAAUUCUGGAAGGAAUCAAUGUAGCUUCACACCUUGGUUUUGGUUCGUUAAUCCAAACGAAAUACGGAAUGCCAGCUACGUAAUGGCCAGGACUACUAGAAAGACCUCAACCAAAUAGAGUCGUUUAUCCAACGUAAUUCUUCUUAUAAUUACUGUUUAAAAUAAAUGCCAAAAAAACCUGUAUUGAGUUUGGAAACAUUGAAUAUGGUUGCCCAUCAUUAAUCUAUAUGAGAAGUCUGCCAUAGGAUAAAUGCCACAAUAUUUAGAUCAAUAUUACAGGUCAUAUUAAUGUUUCGACCAUUGAGAUUUUAGCAGUGUUGAAACACCAUUUCAUACCUCGCUCUGUAACACAGGUAACCUGAAUCAUCGGGUAAUCAUCAAUCAUUAUAAAGUGCUUUCUCGAAUUUGCACAUGUUGCUGUGAAAAAACAACUCAUUGUUUAGGUCAUAUUGGGCCAUAGUUGCCAAGAAGUCCGUAAAUUGAAGUUUGAUCAGUCUGACAUGUAUUUGCAAACUAUUGCAGAGAAUCGUUUUCAUUACGUUUAUACCUUUUCCCAGUUAUUCGGAGUUGCCUAAUAGCCUCCCUUAGUUUUACCAUUUUGAUCGAGUUGAACGUCUUUUACUUUUGUUAUAAUUAACUCUGGAACACCAUAUUGAAUACUUGUGGGUUGUUGCUUCAGACUUUCCCCUGAGGAUGACAGAGUGGAAUUUAUGGUCUUUUGUGGAUUAGUAUAUUCUUAUAAAAUACAGAUUCGUUCCCAACUUUAUAUAUAAUCACCUUCUCCUUAUAAUAAAUAAAUAAAUAAUAUAAAAUGGAAAAUUUCACUCUUUAUUCAUUUAUCUCGAAAUUUUUAUGUAAAUAUUUUGCAUAGAAGGGGCUACAUGAAGUGAGCAAAUAUAUGUUGAUAAAUGACGCUGUCUUAUAAUUUAUUCAUUUAAAUCUCCCUGUUUUUCCAUCCUUAGAAAAGUUCUGUUUUGCCUUAAGGACGAUUGCAAAUGAGCGGUAUUAAAUCGAAAGAGCACAUUGUAUCCGACUCCUGAAAUUUUAUGUUCUUAGCCAUACGAUGUAUUCGCCUGUGGGCUGGAUAUGUUAGUUGAUAUGAUGUCUCGUUCCUUGCUUCUCCUUUAAUAUAUGUAUUUUAUUAACAAAUUCUUUAUUCUCUUUUGCUGGCAGUUUUCUUAUCCAGGCUCUUCGUACUAUCUUCUGAUAGCAUCUUAUUGUAUCCAUUGUCUUGCUCUUGUCCAUAGUUUUAUGGAGUCUACCUUAGAUGGCAUGUUCUCUGUGCUUUCUGAUACUUGGAAGACGAAAAUGACUGGAGCUACGUUUAGCCUGCCAGUUUCUUCGCAGAUAUCUAAAUAGUAUUCUCCUGUUUACUGCGUCUAUGCCCUGAAUAUGCAAUUGGAGGUGUUUUCCUAUAGUCAUAUCGUCAUACUGUUCAUAUAAUUUACGUUAAAACUGGCACCUCUUUCAUUAGCAUCGACCCAGAGCUCUGUACUGUCAUGUGCCUAGUUCAAUUGUUGAUGUUAUCCAGAACUAGAAUUUUUUAUUUCUUGUUAGUUUUCUGACUGUGAGCUUCUGAAGUCAGGACUGACCUUUUUUCGUUUGUUAAUUUCGACAACCAGUUAUACGAAAGCUUUGGAGGCCAUAAAGAAGCUUCACAAGGAGCAAGCUCAGGAGAUAAAGACAUAUAAACUGAAGUUGGAGAGUCUUCAAAUACUGAAGGAUGCAGCGUACAAGGUUAUAGCUUUAUAUAUAUUUUUUAAAACGGUUUAUUUAUGUUUUAAGAGAGCAUCAUUUCUCACAUAUAAAUUUGCGGAUUGAUUCUUGACCACUGGGUUCAUGUUGGGGUCUGCGACAAUACUAACGCCAGGUGUGGAAUGACGGGUCACCAGUCAUUAGUAUUUGAAAACACACAUUUUUUCUUCUUUUUGAAAGCGUAUAGUACCACAUGAUUAUGAAUAGAAAAAGAGAAAAAUAGAAAAAGAGAAAAAAUGCAUAGGUGUGGAAGAUGUGACCUCUCGAAAAGAAACUGUGUAUCAAUACUCUUACAGCUGUAAGGCAGAUGAUAUAAGAUGAAGAACUUCACACCAAACGACCCCAAAAUAGUAGAACCACCUCCACUGCUGUGCAAAAUCAUCACCCAUUCAUUCAAUUUGUCACAAUCCCGCAAAAAGAUCUUAUACGCUGAGGAGGUUUCCUCUUUAAAAAUAAGUUGGUUUCUCUCCAUCCAAACAGCUCAAAGAUUAGCAUUUGAGAUAAGUCACUAAAUCUGCCAUUUCAGAUUUCUCAGUCCGUCUCAAAUUUUGUGAUCAAACAAAAGAAAUGUGAAAUUCUUUUGGCCUAAAGCUUUGCCAUGACCAGGGAUCUUUUCUUCCUGCAGCUUCGGGAUAGCAUUGCUCAAGAUCUUGAAAAAACCGAGUUACUGAAGACUCAAACAAAGGAUCUCGAAUCUAACAUUCUGAGUGUCGAGAAUAAGAUCCUUCAAACAGAAACCUCUUUGAAGGAUCUGCGAAAGCUUCAGGAUCAGAUAUCUACUAAUACUGCGACAAGAAGCACUUUAUUUAAACUUCAACAAGCACAGUAUGCUGCUCUUGCUGAGGAGAAUGAAGGCCAGUAAGCAACCAUUGACGAAAUAUAAAUAUUCUUUUUCUUUGUAUGCAUCAUUUGUUAUUUUAAAUCGUGUAUACCAGCGGACUGUUCAUUUUUAUUGUCAACAAAGGUUCAAUUUUAUUGUCGUCAUUAAGCUGAUGGUUUUCUGAGUAUUUUAUGCCAUUUGACGAUCCAAACAUUAAACAUUGUUAAUCCUUCUAAGAAUAUUUCUUUGCUUCUAUCUCUGGAUAAGUCGUCAAACUGAGCAUUCUGUGUUAGUAUAACUGCCUGACAUGUAAAUCUUACAAGAUCACUCUCUGUAAGAGCAUUAUCUUCACUGACACGUGUAUAUGCGGUGCAUUGAGCAUGUGUUAUGCCUUUUAUUAUUCAGAUACUGAUGAAGAACUAAAGGAAUGGCAAAUGAAGUUUGAAGAAAGGAUUGCGCUUCUGGAGUCUAAGAUUUGCAAGUUAGAGAGGGAAUUGAAUGACUCUGAGAUGAGAAGCUCAUUUCUUUUGCAGACCAUUAAUGACUCAACCAGGGAGAUAGGAAAACUGCAAGCUGAAACAGAUGUACUGUGUUGAGCUCAUCUCUUUCUCCUGUAUUUGGCAGUUUGAUGUUGAUAUCUUCUUCAUUACCUCUUUUUUUCCAGGCUUAUUUGUCUUUGAGGCGUGAAAGGGAUUUAACCAUCCAAAGUCUUUUCACAAGGCAGAACCUUGGGCUGCUUCCUAGUAUUCCUUUCACCAAUGAAGUGGCUUUCAACCUUACAAACCGAAUCAAGUCAAGGUUAUUGGAUCUUGAGAAAGACCUCCAAGAUAAAAAGGUUGGAACAAUAUGUUUUGCUAUUGCAUGUUUAUCGUUGUUUCUUACUACUAUAGCUCUCAAUAUUUACAAAUUUUUCGAGUUGAUUUCCUUGGAAUUAUUCUGUCCCGAGGAUCCAAGAUGUGCUUCUAAAAUAUCCUGCUUAUUCAAACGAGUAGAUAUUUAAUAUUUUAUUCUCGAGUUCCAAGAGUGAUGGUCACGUUGUUUUAAGAUGAAAAAUCUUGUGUUCACAUUGAUGGAAUUGGUAAAUUAGAAAUUAAACAAAAUAGAGAGGAAUAGCUUUGGGCUUGUAUAAUGAAAGCUAAGAAAUCUUGCUAUUUUUAUAUUCUUAUAUGCACCAUUCAGUGUCGUGGAUGAAUAAUUCUGCGUGAAGUUCUUUAAUCAUUUAAAUUGUACUAUAUCUUUUCUAAAGGGUGGUUAUUGUCUUGAUCACCCUAUGGAGAUUCUGGGGGCAUGGAGAUUAUCUCAGGUUGUGAGGUCUCAUGAUUUAAAUGCAUGGGUGCUGUAGUGGCAGAGAAGUUUCCAGAAAGAUACCCUAUACCCAAUAAUUUUUUUCUCAAAUAAGGAUUGCAUAACCAAUCCUUAUUGUACUUCUUCUUGGGAUCUGGUCGUGAUUUUAUCAUAGUUUUGUAUUUUCAUUACCUGGCUUAAUAUUCGUUUGGAGGUCUUUUCUUACAACAAAUGUUGUACAAUAUUGUUGCAAAGCUGUAUGCAAUCUCCAUUUUUGUUCUCUCUUAUACUUGUUUCAUGGAUUAAGCUCAAACAUGAUUUCUUCUCAGCAAUCAAAUGACAUGAAACUCAAAGCUCUAUGGGAACGCUAUGUGGCAACCAAUGCUCGCUGUAGUGAAAUUGAGGGUCAGAAGCAGGCAAAAAGUGAUACGAAAGUGUGUUAUUGACGAUUUGGGGUCAUUCAUCCAAAAUUUACUUUUUUCUGCUUAUAAAAGUAUGCCACAUACUAAUGGAAGUACAUUGAUGUAAUUUCUGAUCAGGUAGGAAUUUUAAAGCGCAAAAAAGAGAGGGAGAAUGAGCGUGAUCUUGCAGAGCAUGAGCUUUCGAAGCUUAAUCUGUCACACAUAGAUGAAAGAGAGAAGCAUUUGGUAUAUUUUUGAUGUUGCACUAUUGCAUAUGACCUUUACUAAUGUGAUUUUUCAUAAUGUUUAAGACUAACCUUUAUUUUGUUAUUUAGCAAAUUGAGGUUGAGAGAAAGACCGUUGUUCUUGGAGAAAGAGAUUUUGAAGAAAAAAUAAACGAAAAAAGGACGGAAAUAUUUAGACUGGAACAGAUGAUUAAGUCCCUUCAUCGUGAGAAAGAUGUCAUGGCUAGUGAUUCUGAAGACAGAGUCAAAUUGGAGCUGAAAAGGGAGGAACUAGAUGGCUGCAGGAUGAAACAUAGAAAAAUGUAAUUUCCUCUGUUUCCUAUUAUGAGUUUUCGUAUUUUUAUGAGGCUUUGUCGAAUUAUGAUAGUGUGCAAUCUAACUUUUGUAUGUUAAUAUUUAGAUUGGAUGAGCACAAGGAGAAAAUUCGAGUUGUUUUCAAGGGGAGGCUUCCUCCUGAUAAGGAUUUAAAGAUGGAGGUGAUAAAUGCUUCCAGGUUGUUCUCUAACUUCUAUUAAAUUUGAUUAAACUUGCCUCUAAAGAUUUGAUUGAAAUGGACCAUGUAAUGUAACAUCAGAAUUCAUGUUAUUCGCCACGAAAUAGAUUGUAUCCUGAAUAGGGAAGGGAUAGAUUGAUUGCCUUUCUCUCCUUGGUUGUUUUGUUGGCAAGGAAAGCAACUUUCCUUCCAUAUUUCUCAGUUACAUAGCAGUCAUUUGACUUUACUCUCACAGUAAUUUUAUUCUGGUGAUAUACAUGCAUGACUGUUUGUCAAUGUUUAUUAGACUGAUAUGAAGGAAAAGAUAAAAGUUCAACCACUUUUUUCCAAUAAAUUUUCGGUUGAGAGGAUUAUCAUUCUAAAAUAAUGUGAUUGUCGUCUGUGCAGGACUCUUAAAAAGGAGUAUGAUGAUUUGCAUUCCAAAUGUCUAGAUGCUGAGAAAGAAGUGAAAGUGAUUGAGAUGAAAAUGCAGGACACAAGUAAUAACAUAACAAAGCUUCAGAAGGAUAUGGAUGGUAAGUUCGGAGCAUAUGCAUACGUUGCGAGUCUUCUAUGUGGUCGUUAAUGUCUCCGUGUCAUACUCCUAUUUUCUAUGCAGUCGGCUGGUAGAUCUGCAUACUUCCAAACUCAUACUGAAGCUUGUUAAGGCUCAAUAAUGAAAUCGCUGAACCACCUGGCCUUUCAUGUCUGAUAUUUAGAGAACUUUGUGUAUGAUGUUCGACUAUUUAGGCAGCUGCAUUUAGCACGUGGAAUAAGGGCUUCUGAGUUGGUCAUGAGCGAUGUGUCUGAUGUUUUAGUUUGAUAACACUGGAGGAGUGCAUAGCUUUAUGACACAGUAGUAACACUAUUUUAGUAAGUGGGAUGUGUACGUUGAGUCUGACCUUGCCUUUAUUCUAUCACGUCUGAAAACAAGAGGUCACUUAUCAGUAAUUCCCAGUUGUAUGAUAAAUCUUUGCUGGGGCCAACCUAACAUUUCACCGGAUUAGGCACACGUGGGGAAUGCUGAGUUUGGGGCAUUCAGCAGGUUCUUGAUACAACGGUGGAUAUGGAACAUUUCAAUUGCGUGAUACAAUAUGAUAAAAAUGUUAACACACAGCAUAUAUUUCAAAAUACCCUUUCUGAAACAACCAGUGGAACCCAUCAAAUUUGAAUUAAACUGAUCAGCUAGGGUUGAGAAUGGUUGUCAUGUUCCUAUACUUCCUAGGGUAUGUUCAUAAGUUUGGUAGAAUACAGACUUAUAUGCUGAAAUAUAAAACUUAGAUGCUGAUUAGCACGUGGCUAAACUCAAUCAAAAAACGAAAAAAGGGAUGUGAGAAGUGAUAGUGCUUCCAUUUAUGAAUUGAAGCCAUCAUGGCUUCAAGGAUCUUCUCUACAGUUCUUUUUUCUGUUAAUUGAUCUCUCUGAGUAAAAGCUUACUUGCCGAAUAUAUGAUUAUUGUGAUUCAAAUGCAGCUAAGCGGAGAUUCAUUGACUCAAAACUCCAGUCUUCGGUUCCGGGAUAUUCAAGUGUUGAUACAUUCCCAGGUAUUCUGCUUGAAGCAACGGAAAAAAGAGAAAUACAUAAAAGGUUUGUUUCUUGUAUCAGAUGUAGCUUCUCAAGUGCAUUCUCAAGAGAAAACACUCACCAUAGGUAACUUAUGUACAGCAAAUAUAACAUUGCCGAUGGAAUGAGGCAAAUGUUUGAUCCGUUUGAAAGAGUUGCACGUGCACACCAUAUUUGUCCUUGUUGCGAGCGUUCUUUCUCUCCUGAGGAAGAGGAUGAAUUUGUCAGGAAGGCAAGCAUUUUCUCUGCGUAUUUUGUUUUUUUUUUUUAAUUUUCGUGAUCCUAAAUUUAAGGCUUUUGCUUUAUUUUCUCUUUAUUUUUUGUUUGUGCAUUUCUUGACUUACUGCAAACUUUCAGCAAAGAGUGAAAAACACUAGCUCCGCAGAGCACAUGAAGCUGUUAGCUGUGGAAUCGUCAAAUGCUGAUUCUCAUUUCCAGCAGUUGGACAAGCUACGCAUGCUCUAUGAGGAGUACAUUAAGCUUGGGAAGGAAACUAUUCCCUUAGCUGAGAAAAAUUUGAAAGAACUUACACAAGACCUGGGGCAGAAAUCACAAGCUCUUGAUGAUGUAACUCAUCCUCCAUCAUAGUUUUCAUGUUGACAAUGUUCAUUUGUGAUCUAAGAAUUAUAUUCUUACAACCUAGGAAUUUUUCGACGACCAACUUCCACGGCGUUCAACUUAUCUUUAUGAUGAACGCGAAUAAUUCAUUUUUACUGGUUAAAUAUUUUAAAAGAAAGUGAUGUUACUUGAUUGGUAUCAUCUGCUUUCAGACUUGGCACAUCAUUUCUUUCUUGUAAAAUCAAUUAGCUCAAUAUUUAUUUGCUUUUAAAAGCUUCCAUUUUGCUUUUAAAGGAUUUUACAAGUUCAAGGACCAUUAGUGUUGUUUCUGACCAUCACUCAGCAUGACCUAUUGGUCCUGAGCUUUGUUUGCUCCUACCUUUCAUGUCCUUGGACUGCUUUCCUCCUUGUAAAUUGUGUAGGAUCAGUGGAGAGAUAUGGAGGGAAAAUUUGGUGAAUGAUGAAAUUUGCUUAAAAGGCCAAUGUUUCAAAGUAUUUUAAAAAAAAAUUACGUUCAAUUAGUAAUAUUUGUAUCUUUCACUUUAUUUUUGUAAGCCGAGGUAGCUCUCUACCCUGAAUUGGAUGAUACAAGCCAUCUGAUCGUGAUUGUACCAAGAUACUUGGGUUCUUCAUGCUCUUUGGAAGAUUAUGAAUCUAGUUUCAUUCUUCUGUUUAUUUCUGGAUGAUUUAUUUUAUGAAGAGCAUCAAGAUGAACUAAAUUAGGGCCAAAUUACCUGAGUUUGGACUGGUUGAUCUGGAUCUCAAUCAAGAAAUAAAAAAUUGAAGCCCUGAGCCAGGCUUUUCCCGCUAUUUUCAUUUAUGGUUUAGUUAGUCAUGGAAUUGACUUGUUUUGGGGAGUGUCAUGUCAGUUCUGGAUGAUCUACCGAAUAAAUCCAAUUCUCUAGAAAUGAAUAGGAAAUUUAUCAUUGCGGCGUCUGCCUAUGUAGGCUUGUCUGAUUUGGACUAGUUGUUAUUUUGUUUUAUAUCAUUAGCAUAACGCAGGGUGACGCAAAUCACGGAUAUCUGGUGAAGCUUCCCGAUCCUGAGUUGAGUCUGCGUCAAAUUGAUCAUGUAUAUAUCCCUAGAUCCUAAUAAAUAUAGCUGAUUGGGUAGCUCCCUUGUCUGAUCGCUGUUUCUAACACUUUGUUUAAGAUGAGCUGCCUCCAUGCCACCAGUAAGGAUUUCAGGAUCGACCAAUUUUACUCUGAACAGGUCAAUCCUUUUUUAAUUUCAAGGGGUCCCAAAUAUGAAGCAAAAAGGAUCAAAAUUGGGUGGUUUGGACCUCUUUGGGGAAAAAAGUGCUUCAUAGACAACCCCCGUCUCUAUUAUUUUACGUCUUAUCUGGCCAUCUCCAUUCCUUGCACCAAUCUCGCUUGAUGCCAUCCUCCACAGCCAUCUAGAGUCAUUGUUUCUAUCCGUAUCUCUACGUUUUGUGGUUACCACUGCAUUCCCUGCUUGGUUAUUCUUUCUUUCCCUUUUCUUCACCAGGUCAUAGUAUAGAUGAAUCGAACAUUUUUACUAGACUUUAUCUUGGCCAGAAGUAGUCUUUAUAUUUCAAUCAUUUUCUGAAAAGUCGCAUUAAGACCCUUAGGUUUGUUAAAAUAAAUGUGCGCUAUUUUUUCCCUCUCAUUGAUCAAUUAGACCAACAUAAUUCAUUAUUGGUUGGAUUGUGUCCCUAUCAAUCUCAGAUACCAGAUUCAAUUUCUUGAUCCUUGGUAACUGUCAACUGGUUACCAAGGACAUUGUGUUACUAAUAUUCCUCUUUUAUUGGUUGCAGAAUACCAACAUAGUUUUUUUUCGAGUCGUCUUGUUAAGCUUCUUAGAAUAAAUUUGGUUAGUUAUUUGUAUGUUUAAAUUUGUUAAUACUUACCAGGGUAUGUGUAUCAUUUGAUUUUUAAUGUUGGAUGCAUCGGUGAUGUAAUGUUCUUUCUUGAUGCAGCUUGUAGGUGUUCUAGCGCAUGUUAAAGCUGAGAAGGAUGCUGUUGAGAUUUUAGUGCAACCUGUGGAAGCUGCAGAUAAACUUUUGUUCGACAUGCAAAAUUUACAAGAGCAGGUUGAGGAUUUGGAAUAUAAGCUUGAUGCAAGAGGGCAAGGUGUAAAGACAAUGGAGGAAAUUCAGAACCAACUUAAUGCCCUUCAAAUGAAAAGGUGUCUGACAGGCAUUAUUUAGAUUUGACGUUAAUCUCUCUUAUUUGAUUUAUAUUAUCAUUGGGCACAUACAUGAUAUAGUUUCACUGCGUCCAAAAGCUGACUCACACUAGUUAAAGGUUUACAUUACGGGGAAUCUUACAUGAUCAAGUUGUAGCCUUGCCAAAUUGACGUGAUGCAUAAACUGUAUUGUACGAAGUUGGUUCGUGUCUCCACUAAGUACCAAAUCUCUUUUCUUUUUAGUCUCAACUGGCGUUGUUCGUUCCUCAUUAAAUAGGGAAAUUCUUCUUGUAAACUCUUCACUUUCUUUUCAAUGGAAGGAGGUUCAGUGUGGAGAGGUGCGUCAAUUUCUAUCAGAUUUCGUAGCCCUUCUAGCAUUCAUAGUUAGGAGAAGAUCAUUAAUUCAUUGCUUUUGCCCGUUCAAGCUAAUUUCUUCCCUCUGCUUCCGGUUGUCAUGUGCCAGUUACACGAUUUCUCCAGUCCUCAAAGCCAACCCCAGCGGGGAAAGCAAAUCGUCUUUGUUCUGGUUGCUUAGUUUAAUACAUUGUCUAAAAGAUUUAUGUCCUUAUGUCAUUGAAAGCCAUCUGUUUUUUAUUAAAUAGACCUUGUGUGGGAUGCAUCACAUGUAUGCAUUGGAGAAUGGCUGCUCUAUGUUGUAUUUGUUCUUCUUUGUUUUGAAACGAGCAUUAAUUAUGAUGUAACGGAUACUUGGGAGUUGGUGUAAGAUAAUUUCAUGACUACCAUUUCUUUUGAUAUCUGAAAGCACAAACCUUCUGUGAAUAUUCCCUCAAAAGUCGGAAGGUUUCCAUUCCUGGAACCUAAUAUCGACUUGAUAAAUGAAUACUUUCUUUGAUGAUAGUGAAAGCCUGCAUGCUCUUUUAGUAGUAUCGAGUACAAAAGUGGUAUUCUUCACCAAAGAUACUCUUCAAGCAUGCCCUUCAUCCCCUUUCCUACUGACCAUUGUAAUAUUAAUUUCUGGAUUCUACAGAAUGAAUCUAUAAAUGAACGGGAUCUCAGGGUACUUUAUGUAACAUGGUUGGCUAAGGGUGUGAAGUAUGAGAAAUAAAGGAAAUCCAGGAAAUGGAGAAGUUUUACAAUUGACGUUGUCCAUGCAGUAAGAUUAGGUUAGUAGGUGUCGAGAACCAUAUAUCUUUUCUUUGUUUCUUGACGGUACAGUUACGUGGGCGCAUUAAAUCUUGGUCCUUGUUUAGGCCCACUAACCUAUUAAGUCUCGAAUUCAUCAUGAGUCAACUAAACUUGUGCUGUUGAGUCUAUAUAAAUAGCAUUACCCGUUGGGACGAAUGUGAGAACGAGAUAGACUCUCCACCGUUUGGCCUUGGGUUUUUUGGGCCUCCAUCUAUUCUCCUUUCUUCUCUUUGUCAACACCUGGGUUUUCCUAGUUUCUACCUUUCUCACUUCGUUUGAAGGUUCUUCUACACUGGGUAAACUAAAAAUGCAUUGGUCGUAGUGUAAAACACAUCAAUUAAACAGCAUGUUUUUUAUGAUCAUCUACAGAGGAUCAUGGAUAUUAAAGGAUUAUGUGACGCCUUUUGGUAAGAACAUAGAGUCAAAUAUAAUUUACAUUAUUCGUUUGUUCCUGGUCUGGAUUUAUGUGUUAUACUUCCUUUCAGAGUUCCAGAAAACAGAAACCAGGUUAGAAUUCUGAAUAUUUUCAGUAUACUUGGCUGGUCGGCCGUUAGUUCUUUCUGGCAAAAGAACUAAAAGAGUUAACAAGUACAGAUGGAGAGACGGAAAUAUGAUUAAAAAUGAGAAAUUAUCACCCCUAGAAAUCAUUCGGUGUCAGGAAAGCUACAGAUUAUUCCGAUAACUGUCAGGUCUCUCCUCAGGUGUGAGCGGGCCAUGGGACCGUUGGCACAUGGGCCAUGAAGAGCCACCUCCACUUCUAUUCCUUGUUUUGUCCUUUUUUUCCCUUAAUUUUUCUCAUAGCCGCAUGGUUAAAAAAGGUCAAAAUAUAAAUGAUUGCUUAGUUUUAAAAGGCACGUUUAACAUCAUGAAAUUUGAAAGUUGGUUCUUACCAUUUAGAGAAGUUUUUGAUGUAUUGAAAUAAAUAUCAAGGAUCGCAACAUCUUCUAUAGAAAUUCAAAAUGGGUCAUGUUAUUGGAUUGACAAUGGAUGACUUGGAUUCAGGUUUCCUUGUACUGGCAGGUUUGUCUCUAACAUCAUGUCAUAACUUGGAAUAUAAAUAAUCGAGCGUGAUCAUAUUUUGAAGUGGAUUCAUGUAAUGUGUUAUACAAUGUCUAAUUAAAGUGGAUUCAUGUAAUAUGUUAUACAUUGUCUAAUUAUCUGAAGAUAUUGCCGGUCAGAUGCAAUGUUAUGAAAAGAUAAUUUUCUUUCAUUUUUCUAAUUUGUGAUCAUCAAAAGGCCUGGCAUAACUAGAAGAAAGAAAGAUGAAUUUAUAAUUAAGCACUGACCUUCAUUCAACUAAUCAAUAAAAGGGUUUCAGUAGAUUCAGUUAAUAAAGUUUGAGCGAAUGACCAAUUUCGCGAGAGACUGGCGCCUAUUUAGUACAUUCUUAUUUAAGAUAUGGUUUCUCUGUGGAUUCUCAUUUGGUUGUGUGUAUUGGACCCCCUUAGCAUAUCACAUUUGACAUUGUAAAAGCAUGCAGAUGAAGCUUUGGUUUUGUUUAUUCUUAUGUCUUGUGGACUAAAAAAUCAGCUAUGCUUGUGUUGUAUAUGUUUGAGAUGUUUAGAAAAUAUAUUUUUUUCUGGCAACCAGGGAAACUUUGCAUGGUGAGAUGGACAAACUGAGGGAUGAGCAAAAGUAUAUGAGCAGUGACUUGUCAAAUGCACAGAUGCGGUGGCACUCCCUUAGGGAGGAGAAGCUGAAAGCAUCAGGUAUAUUGCAUAAAAUUAAGAAGGCCGACGAGGAAAUCAUUCACCUUGAAGAGGAAAAAAUUCAAGUUGAAUUUGAUGAGAAGGUGGUCUUACUAUUUCAUUUUAUAUUUUUCAAUUUGCCUUGGGAAAUAUUUUUCAUGUACAGUAGUUAAGACUAGAUUGUUAUCUUUUGGGUCCUCUGCCCAUUUUCCAGUUGGUUGGCAACUCUUUAGGUUAGGUGGAGGUUCAAUUAGUGGGUCUUGACUGGAUACCUAAUAGUUGGCUUGAGCCUGAUUGUACUGAGUUAAUAACUAGCGUUGCAUACAAUCUCCAAGAUGACCGGGAAUGCUCUAUCGAAACGAUGAUUCUUCAUCUAGAUCUUUCCACGGAAGGAAAUUAUUGAUCAUUAUGGUUAUCAAUUUCGAGAGGUGCAGCGAUAAAAUACAUGAAAUGUUAUAAUAAAUUAUUAUGUUUGAUUCGGUCAGUUUAAUAAAGCUAUUUUAGUGUGGUUACAUCGUAAAUGAUGCAAGUUCUUCACUGCUCCAUUAAUAAUGUUAUGAAAGUAUGAAAAUAUGAAUCCUUGAAACACCGUGUUUGUUUAUUUCAUUAUUCUUUUUUACUCUAGAAACUGCUAUAAGUAAACUACUCUUUUUUUAUGCAGAGUUCUGUCAUUUUUUCUGUGCAAUGGGGAAUCAGCAUUCUUAUCUGUGUGGGAUGGCAAAUAGGCCUAUAGAACAUGGUAGAUGAUUAGUCUGGUUCCUUUUUCAAUAUGUUGCAGUAUGGAUUGAUGUUUCUUUAAUGUCGAUGUUAUUAUUCUUAUCCUAUUUCGUAUAAAUAGUGAUAAUAAAUUUCUAUUGUUGUUGAAACUGACCUAAUUACCGUAUAUGAUGACAUCUUUCUUUUGGGAUAAUAUUUUUCCUUUUCAUUUUCUUGUAUACAAAUUUUCAGCACUUAGAAGCAGCUUUAAUUCCUUUGUCAAAGGAGAAAGAGAAGGUUCUGCAGGAUCAUUCAGAUUUGCUUCUGAAACUUCAACAGGAAUAUGAUGAGCAGGCUGAAGUUAAAAGGACCUACCAACAAGAAAUUGAUAUGCUUUUGACACAUGUGUCAAAGAUUAAAGAGUACGUUUUUGAGCCCAUGUAUUUAUAUCUUAGCCCUUGCCUUGUUCUCAGGAUUGGUCUAUUAUGGAAACAUAGUGAUCAUCUCAAGUCAAAGAAAACACUUCCCAUUCAUAUAUACCUGACGGCCAUAGACAAGUAUUCCCUUGUUUCAUAUUCUCACUGCCUUAUUUUUUUUGGAUGUUUGACUAGUUACAUUGAUUCAAAGAAAGGAGAAAAGCUUCAGGAAUUGCAAGAGAAGAAUUCAGCCUCUGAAACACAACUACAGAAUUGUGAGGACAGGAAACAGGAAAUUUCUGCUGAAUUGAAUAAAAGUAAAGAGUUGCUGAGAAAUCAGGAUCAAUUAAAAAGAAAUAUUGACGACAACCUCAAUUAUAGAAAGACGAAAGCUGAAGUAGAGGAACUCACUCAUCAGAUAGAAUCGUUGGAUGAUAAAAUACUGAGCAUCGGUGGGGUUUCAGCAGUCGAAGCUGAGCUUAAAAGACAUUUGAAAGAAAAGGAGAGACUUCUUUCUGAGGUAAUCACUAGUCACUGUCCUAAUUUUUCGGGUUAAUUGUUGAUUUACUUUUUAUGAAACGGUGAAAAUUGCUCAAUUAAUAUCAUUUCCUAAAAAUAACGUGAGUUCUUUUUCAUGAUUGGGCUUUUUUCAUCUACAUACAGAUUUCUAUGGAUGGCCAUAGGCUAUUCUCUGCAGGUUCAAUUUUUUUCAGGUGGUAAAGUAACCAUGUUUGGAUCAACAGAAAGCAGGGAAAAGUAUAGAGCAUUUUUUUGUGAUUAAAUGAGUUUUUAGGGUUAAAAAACUGUGAACCUAUAUAUAUAUAUUUAGAUACGGAAAUAGCCAUACAUAGAUGUGUCAGAGUGCGAAAAAUUGCGCCACAACACAAGUAAUUGACGCUUUCCAAAAUCAUUGUAGUCUCUGAACUAUUCUUUAUCAUGAGAAUCCUGCGCACAAAUGUUUUUAUGUAUUAACUAUACAUGAAUUAUAUUUCUGUAUAACGUAUGCACUGUAUGAUCAUGCACACGAGCAUGUGCCAAUAUUUUUGAAGUGAUAAGAUAAACACUUCUCAAGCCUAUUUAACUUUAAUCAUUGAAUUUUUUCCCAUGAUUUCUGAAAGGCUCGUUGUUUUUGAAUUACGGAGCAUCCUUACGCUUUUGAUUCUUCCUUGGGCUUGGCAGUCUUAGCAUCAUUAUGAAUGUAUUGACCCAUUAUUCAUGUGUUAUCUAGUUCCGCCAGCGAACUCCAAUGUUUUGACCAACCUCCUACUUGGAAAGAUGGCAAGCGCCAACACUUAGAAAUAAUGAGCAUUUGACUUGUGAUAUUUAAAAUUUUGGUCUCCGAGAUUCACAUUUUUUGAGUUUUGGGUGGCUUAUACCUGGAUAUAAAUGCCUGGUGAUAUUUAGAAAUAAUGCAUUCGACUUUUUUAAGGCGCUUCCAGUGGAUAUUGACGGUAGUAUUGAGUGGUUGAUUGGAGUUCUUCUAGGUGCUCUUUUAGUUCUGUACAUUUAUUUUCACGGGCACCGAUUAAAUUGUGUCAUCAUGCUGUCGAAUUUUCUAUAACUAUAAGGCUUGCAUAAUACUUCAGGAAAAAAAGUAUUUCAAGAUCUUGUUUGGUGAAAAAAUAGUAACAGUGAGGGGCAGUAUCCAGGGCAUCUUGUCAAAUUAAUUUUUGUAUCUCUGUAUCUUGGAGUGUUGCAUGGUAGGCAUUAUGAUCUUCUUCAUUCCCUUCCAAAGUAAUGCAUCCUAUGCUGACCCAGUGGAAUUAAAUUUGAACUUAUUAUAACAUAAAGAAUCGUGAGAGGCUCUUAGAGCAGUUGCUCAUGGAAGCGUUGCCUUUUUAAUGGUUUUCUCGCUUUAUGUGAAUGUGUUAUUCACAUGUGGUAAUGGUGAAUAAGUGUUUAUCUUGUGAUUAUUUCGUUCGUGCGACACUGAUGUUCCGCCUUAUGCAGCUAAAUAGGUUUCAUGGCACAGUUUCAGUGUAUCAAAGUAAUAUGUCAAAGAGCAAACUGGAACUUAAGCAAACACAAUACAAUGACAUUGACAAGAGAUACUUUAAUCAGCUUAUUCAACUCAAGGUUUUUGUCUCUCUUCUCAUAACUGGGUUUCUCACCUUGGUUUCUGCACUGACAUUCCUUGACUAACUUCUACGGCAGACAACUGAAAUGGCAAAUAAAGAUUUGGACAGAUAUUAUAAUGCACUUGACAAGUAAGUUACUUGUCAAUCACCCUGCUACAUAGCCGACAUUUAAUAUCGUUUUUUUACCUUUAGUUCAAAUAAUUCUGUUGAUUCUUACAUUGAAUGCUGUUGAAUCAUCUGCUCGAGCUGUCACUAUAAGUAUUCAUUGCAUCAAUUGGUUUACUUGGCUUUGGGCUUUGGCUAUAUUUCAUUCGCAGGGCGCUGAUGCGUUUUCACACAAUGAAAAUGGAAGAGAUAAACAAGAUUAUCAGGGAAUUAUGGCAGCAAACAUAUAGAGGACAGGAUAUCGAUUACAUUAGUAUUCAUUCUGAUUCUGAAGGCGCUGGGACUAGAUCCUACAGCUACAGGGUUAGUCAAGGCAUAUUUUGGUCUAAUUCACAUGUUUCAGCGAAUGCUGACACCAUCCUUUGAUGAACCGGUACCACAGGUACUGAUGCAGACCGGAGAUGCUGAGCUAGAAAUGCGUGGAAGGUGCAGUGCUGGUCAGAAGGUAUCACUCCUUUGCCCUUUCUAUGCUUCCUAAGUACACACUUUUGGGGUCCUCUGAUUCGGGCUCACUCUAUCUUUUCCUAGACCGUCUGGCUUAAAAAUAUUGUCCUCUUCUGUCGGCUUUUCUAGCUGGCCCAAGUAUAUUUAAAACUUUUUUAUUUUUCGUUCAUCCCAGGAAUAACAUUUAAUCAUCAAACUUGCACAAUGUUGACGAUAAAUGUAUGCAUUAUUUAUAAAUAUGAUUAAUUACGGCCCCGAUCAAUGUUAGCUUGGUAGAUUAUGGUUUCUCUCUGUUCGGUGUAUGACUACGCUGUCGCCAGGGAAGGUAACAUAAUCAUGGGGAGGAGAUGUAUGGAGCUCUGGAGAACAGUCGGCUCCUUGUUGUAGAUCUUUGGAUGAAAACUUUUAUGGCAGUUUUUCUUUUCAUUUUCUUGACUUGGGAUAUCACGAAGGACCUGGACAUUCAAGAAUUUCAUAUUUCGAUCCCCUUUAAUGCAACCAUUUUUUUCUCAAAAAAAAAAAAAAAGGAAAGAAAAGGAGAGAGGACACACUCUCAGGCACGCUUGUUUCAUCGUAUUUCUUCGUAUUGAGUCGACACUUCAAGUGAAGAGAUGAUACUCUUUUGAAGGCAAUAUUAGCCGCGUUGACCCGGCUCCACCAUAACUCUGAUUCUUGAUGCUGUUUUGACUUCUGGAUUCCGACAAUUGCAGCCAUUUUCUCGCCACUCAAAGAACCUCGGAUCGAUGUUUCCUGGGAAAUUUCUCCCAUUCAUGAUGAUUAACGGCUUCUUCCAGGUGUUAGCUUCACUCAUAAUAAGGCUGGCUCUGGCGGAGACAUUCUGCCUCAACUGCGGCAUUCUAGCGCUCGAUGAACCCACCACCAAUCUGGACGGGCCGAACACUGAAAGCCUGGCUGCGGCGCUUCUGAGGUAACUCCUGCCCGCCAGCUCCCUCGGGCAGUUGACCUUAACCAUAUCCUUGACUUUCUCGUCGUGGUCUCCUUGGCCAGAAUAAUGGAAGACCGGAAGGGUCAGGAGAACUUCCAACUGAUCGUCAUUACCCACGACGAGAGAUUUGCCCAGCUGAUCGGGCAGCGCCAGCACGCCGAGAAAUAUUAUCGCGUCACAAAGGAUGAACAGUAAGAAGAAGCCUCGAAAAAAAAAAAAGUAAUUUCCUUGGUCCAGUUUUAUUUAUCUAAUGCACUCCGUAUUUUUUCUCUCUCCGGAUAUUUUCAGCCAGCAUAGCAUAAUCGAAGUGCAAGAUAUAUUCGACUGA